AUGUUGCAGUCACAGUUAGCUAGGAGAAAUAUCAGCAUUGCAGAUCUAUUUACAGCUCCAGUCAUUCAAGAAAGGAGAGAAAAGAGAAUACCCGUAGUUGAUACCAAAGAGAUCUUCUCAAGAGUGGAUCAAUAGCACACAUAUAUGGGUUAUGAGGAAUGUGUAGAAAUCUUUAAUGAUCUAGCCUACAUAGUGAUUCCAUUUGAUAAGACCACCAAGCAAUUCUAACUCUUAUUAUCUCGAUUAAAACUAACACUCCUAAAUCAAAGCGGAAAUGUUAAGUUUUAUGACUUGAUUGAUGGACUUAAUAGACUGGGUCUGGAAAACUUUAGUGAUUUGAUAAAGCAAAAAAUACAAGAAGGUAAUUAUUCAAGAUCUCCAGGAGAACUCUCAGCUAUUUUGUUUUUCUUAUCUUAGCAGCAUUUGAUGCAUGGAUAAUAAAGAGAUGCUGAGUUAUUUGCCUAAGUAGUAAAAGACCUGAGAUUCACAGAUGUCAAGCUGCUUAAGAUAGAGCAUCUACACUUUUUAAUGAAAGGCUUGACUUUAGCAAUGGAGCCAAGUUUCCUAUAAGGUCUCAAAAACCCAGAAGAUAUGAAAAAGGAGGUUGAGAAUUUUCUUCCAAACGUAAUUGAUUAAAUCAGCUUAGAGUUAAGCAGAUGCAACAUUUCUGAUGUAAUAAUGAUGCUGGAAAGUUUCUUUAAGUUUUGGAAUAAGUCUAACUUUUAAAACUCAAAGAUGAAAGGAGUAUAUCUAAGUUGUGAGGCUUAUCUUGAUCAGUACCUAGGUCUCAGUAAGAAAGACAUUACAGGUGGUUAGUUUGCCUAGCUUGUAGAGCAAAUAGCUAAUGCAUAGUUUCACAUGCUAUAUAAAUUUGACUAGAAAUUGAUUCAUAGAAUGCAGUACAUACUAGUUAACGAUCACUCUGAACUUUAUGUCUUUUCAAUCAAGGACAUCAUAAGGAUUAUAAAAGGAUUUGAAGCAAUCAAUGAUUACUUUAAUAGAGAUAAGGUUAUCAAUUGUUUAGUGAACGCUGCUCUUGAGAUUACUUGCUUCCAAGAUGCCGAUUAUCUAGAACUAAUGGAGAUUUUCGACGAGAAAGGAAUUAUGGAAUAGCAACCAGAUCUCUUAGUCAAGCUAAGAUUUUAUUUCCAGGAUAGAUUCAACUAUAUGGAGAGACCGACUAUGAUAAACUAUCUUCAGUUUUUACUCAAUCAUGGCAUGAUUUUUGAAGAUAAGGAUAUGAUGGAAUUGAUAGCUGCUCAUUUGCAGAAGAAUUACUUCUCUUAUGAACUUAAUGAGCUGUUCAAAGUUUAUCUAAUUACCUAACAUAACUUCUACCGUGAUAAUGAAAGUAUCAGGUUAAUUGAAGAUGCUACCAAGAUUAGAAUUGCUGAUUAAAAGUAAAGAUAGCAAGUCAAAGUUGAAGGCUUAAGAGACCUCAUUGAGGGUUUGAGAUUAGAGCAUGCUCAUAACAAGAAAUUGGACCAAAGCCUUAGAACAUUAGUUAAAGAAACCAAUCUAUUAAAUAUUGAUAAGAAGUUAUUCGUGCAGUUUAUUUGCUAUGCAGCUGAUUUCAACAUUAAAAUUGAUUAAAAGCUAUAAUAAGCAAUUGAUGUGGCUUUUGAUGCUCAUUUAUAAGAUUUGACUCAAUAGGAUUUAGCGCACUUAAUUUUAUAUACAGAUGAUUACUAGAAGUAUGAUUUACUCGGAAUUCUUGAUAUUGAGUAAUUCUAAAAUGAUUUUGCCAGCUUAGAAAAACUUGCCUUGAGAGGUUUGGUGAAGCUGGACAAAACUCUAGCGAUGAAAGCUAUUUAAGAGUUAGAUGCAGACUCAAAUUUGAUCGAAGUUGUUGAAAAGUUACUAAAUGAGAGAGGUGCGAAAUACGAUAAAGGGCUGUUGACUUGUAACGACUAAUUAAAAGCUGCAUUCUUGAUUAAUGACUCAAUAUUAGUAGAUGUCAUCGAUCAUUAAUUUGCAAAUAGUAUAUAGCCUGAUGGUAAACUUUCACCCAGAAAGAGAGCUUCUGUAGCAAAAUAACUUGCAUUAUAAAAUGGAUUUAAAGACUAUAGGUUAAUUAGUUUAGCUGAAAUGGAUUUUGCUAAAGAUGAGCAGAAGUAUCUCAUUGAUGUCUUAUUUAAUUAAUGA